CGUGAACGCAACACCCUCGCAGCUGAUUGGCUGCAGGCUCCGCCCUCCUCCUUGUGACAGAUUGAGGCAGUGGAGCUCAGUCGGUGAUUAAAAGUGACCGCUGUUCAGUAGUCACUUGAUCCUAAGUGCAAAGAUGCGGGUGGCAGUGGUUGGAGCUGGAGUCAUUGGUCUGUCAACAGCUCAGAGCAUAUAUGAGCAUUAUCACUCCAUGGUCAGCCCACUGACCAUUGAGGUGUAUGCAGACCGCUUCACCCCUCUGACCACCAGCGAUGGAGCUGCUGGCUUCUGGCAGCCGUACCUCGAUGAUGAGGGCAACAUCCAGGAGACAAAGUGGAAUAAGGAGACCUUUGACUACCUGUUAAGCUGGCUCAGCUCACCUGAGGCUGUAAAAAUGGGCAUAUUUCUCCAAUCAGGCUACAACCUCUGCACUGAACCCCAUCCAGAGCCCUCAUUUAAGGACAUUGUUCUGGGCUUUAGACCGCUCACAGAACGAGAGCUGCAAAUGUUUCCUGGAUACAAUUUUGGCUGGUUCAACACAGCUCUCAUGGUGGAGGGAAAAUCAUACUUACCAUGGCUGACCGAAUGGUUGAAAGAAAGGGGUGUAAAAUUUUAUCACAGGAAAAUAGAGUCUUUUAAAGAGCUUUCUGAUGCUGGGGUGGAUGUGAUAAUAAACUGCACUGGGGUAAGAUCCGGGGAGCUGCAGCCAGACCCGGACCUUAAACCAGGCCGUGGCCAGAUUGUUAAGGUGGAUGCCCCGUGGCUGAAGCAUUGGAUCAUUACCCACAGUAUCAAACCUGGAGUGUACAAUUCACCUUAUAUCAUCCCAGGGAGCCGUCUUGUGACUGUAGGAGGGGUUUUCCAAGUGGGAAACUGGAGUGAGCAGAACAACUUCACUGACCAUAACAACAUCUGGGAAAAAGCAUGUCAGCUUGAGCCAAGUCUCAAGCAUGCAAGGAUAGUAGAAGACUGGGCUGGUCUCAGGCCUGUUCGCAGCAAAGUCCGACUGGAGCGUGAAACCAUACGGUCCGGCGCCUCCACGGUUGAGGUGAUACACAACUACGGCCAUGGCGGUUUUGGGCUCACCAUUCACCGAGGCUGUGCCGAGGAGGCAGCGAGGCUGUUUGGUCAGAUCGUGGAACAGAAAGGCAAACGUCCAAAAGCUCGCCUGUAGUGUUGAGUCAAGCAUCAGUGAUCGGCACUCCUGGUGUUCUCAACAAAACUAACAAUUAAAGCUAAGAUAUAUUCUGUAUUCUGUAUGUCUGAGCACCACUGACUCCAUUACAACAUGAGAUGCCUUUUGAUUAUUAUCAAGUCUGAGUGAUUUCCCAUCCUUGUAAGUUUAGUUUGUAGAAAAUGCAUUGAUUCUAGAUGAUGAAAAUGCUCUAUUAAUUUAUAAAUAAGAAAAUCAUGACUCCAUUAGUAGUUUGUUUGAAAGUUUAUUACCUGUAGUAUCAUACACAUUUACAUCCAGUGCAUUGACACUUAACGCUGCACGAUUUCUCAAACACUGGCGAGUCAGAGACAUCUUCGUGGACCCAUGUGUGGGUCUUGUUGUAUGUUAGAAUAAACAAAGUCUCUCUUUAUCUCAUUUUUGAAUACAACCAAAAGCAAAGACAACAACCAAACCAGGUAGUUUUGUUUUUUUUAGUUUUGUUUUUUUUUACACAUAAUUUACAUAGAGAGCAUGACAUCCAGUAGACAUUCACAGCUGGGGUCUAUGGGAGUAUGGUGUCAAUAGAGGAAUAGCUGGGACAUGACUAGAAGUCCAUUUUUUAGCGAUCACAUGAAUACUGAGGCUGAAUGUCGGGAUUCUUUGUCAACUUUUUAUAGUCUACAAGAAGUAAACCUUAAUGUUUUACUAAUGCACACAUCAUUUUCCAGAAAACUUCCAAACAUCUAAACUUGUCUCCAUUUGAGGAGAAGUGCUUACAUUUAGCAUCUGAUGCAGUUGGAGAUAUACUUGGAAAGGUAAAAUGGCCGGUCUUCUGUUAAAGCAAAGCAAAGUAUCACAUAAUUGUGAGGAACGAGUUAAUGAUUCAUGGUUUUCCAAAUCUUUUAAUAAAAAAAUCUGAAAAAUGUUG